AUGGCGGCGAUAAUAAUUCUGUGGCACGCGACCAUCAACAGGUCAGUACAAACAUCAAAUGUGCACUACCUCAUAGAAAAUCAACUAAUCGUUAUAUGGGUAAUUGGAGCCAUUGAUUGCACCCAUAUAAAAAUUUUAGCUCCUAAGACCAAUGAGGAGUCUUAUGUGAGUGGUCACCAUGAGGGCCAUUCAUUAAAUGUGCAAGCUGUGUGUGACCCUGAUCUUAUUAUUUUAAAUAUUAAUGCUCGAUGGCCAGGAGCGAGACAUGAUGCUCACAUAUGGGCAAAUUCACCGGUGCGCUCAACAAUGAAGCGACAUUUUGAAAAUGGGGACCGCCGUGCUUGGCUGCUUGGUGAUGAUGGAUAUCCUCUGGAACCGUGGUUAAUGACUCCCAUAAAACAUCAACAGCCUGGCACACCGGAAUAUAAAUAUACCGAAGCACACUGCUCAGCUAGGAACAUCAUAGAAAGAUGCUUCGGUGUGCUAAAAUCUGUGUUUAGAUGUCUAUCACACCAACGCCAGUUAAUGUACGAACCCUAUAUGGCUGGCCUAAUAAUUAACGCAUGUGCAGUGCUCCACAAUAUGCGGAUAACAUAUAAAUUACCGGAACCAGAGUCCACCACAUCCAUGCAGCUGGUGGAUAAUAGUAGAUUCCAUGAUGAUAUGUUAGAAGUUACAGGUUCUGGGCGAGCUGUUGCAGAGCGCAUAAGAAGAAGGCUAAUUAACACUAGUUUCACAUAAUUAUUAUACUUUUUUCAUUUAUGUACUGUUUCAAAUAAAAAACAUUUUAUAUCA